GUAUGUAAUCCGCACGAUAAGAUCAAAGAGCAGUCGUGGCGCAGACUGUGGCGCACAGAUCAAUGUGGCACAUGGCCGUUAAUCACGAUCAAGACCAAGACGCGACCCGUUAACAGCCGAUGACCUCAUAUCUGGCUGGAGAAAGUCGGGCUAAAGCAAUCGAGGCUAAGCAGCAAGCUCAGCUCAGCUCUGCUCAGAUAUAUCUUAACCUCAGUGCCUAUUCUGCCACAGGAACAAUGGGUUUCUGCUCAUAGUGGUUGCAAUGAUAUCGAGACGUGUCGGCCUUGGCCGUAAUGGUCUGAUGGGCUUUCACAGGCACAACUUACUCACGACAGGAGCUCGGAUACGUCCCACAUUCGCUACAAGGAUCCCAGCCGUAAGAUGGGAGUCCACACCUACCACAGCCCCGGAUGACACGACUGGUCAUAUAUCGGCCGCUGACAACGAGUCCAUUAUAUGGAUUGACAAUUUGUUUCCUCUCAAGCUUACAGGCUUGCUUCGAGCACCAUGGCAGAGCCCAGACAAGGAUGUAUCAAAGCUUCUGCAGAAGUUUCACAACUCAAGCCUCGGAAUCAUGGAUCCCAUGAACAUGGUAAAGAGAGCUAUUCCAGAUAGUUUGCCCGUCAAGGUUACAGAGAUUCUGCCAAGACUUAAAGAUGGUGGAGCAUUCGUCAAGUUCACCCAUCCAUCAGAAUUGCCUGCCAAGGAAAUCGAAGGAACGAUAUCGAAGCGUCUUCAGGAACAGCCAAUCAAGCCGUUCUUCAGUCCAUUCAGAGGUAUCCAGACUGGUCUCGUUAAAGGCGUUCCUUGGCUUGAGGAUCUGCACAGGUUUCCUUACGCCCGGUUGAAGAUCGAAUUUGUGCCGCCAAACCCUGGCGAGGAAGCCGCUGAACUAUCUCAAGAAGACCUUUACGUCAUUUUCCGCAAGUAUGGCAAGAUUGCUGAGAUUAUUUCCCAGCCUUUUGACUCCAAGGUCCUGCCCAAAUAUGCUUAUGUUGACUUCGCUGCCGUGAGAAACUCCAUCAUGGCGCGCAACUGUCUUCACGGCUUUGUUGUCCCAGCAGAGCUAGGCGGAGGCAAGACAGGAACUAAGUUACGUAUGUCGUAUGAACAGAGGGUGAAAGCGCACAACAUCUGGAACUGGAUCCAGAAUCACCCUAGGAUAGUCAUUCCCAUCCUGGUGGCCCUCCUUACUGGUUUGAGUGUCGUGAUUUUUGACCCCAUUCGGUCAUUCUUUGUCAAGGCUCACGUACAAAGGACUUUCCGCUUGAGCAACAGCAGAUUGUACAGAUGGCUGAGGCGGCAAACUUCCGAUAUCUUCUCUUUCCGCAACAAGAAAGGUGAACAAGCAGGCCUGAAUGCUAUUUGGAGCCACCGAAAAGACCUGAUCGAUCAGAUUCAGAAGUGGUUGAUGGAAACAGCAGAGACCUUCAUCGUGGUCCAAGGACCCCGAGGCUCUGGCAAGAAGGAACUCGUCCUGGAACAGGCGCUGAAAGGUCGACGAAACGUCUUGGUAAUCGAUUGCAAAGCAAUCGUGGAAGCCCGAGGAGAAUCUGCCACCAUCAAAAAGCUGGCUUCUGAAGUCGGCUACAGGCCUAUUUUCUCUUGGGCAAAUAGUAUGAGUAGUAUGCUCGACUUGGCUGUCCAAAGUACGACUGGUGUCAAAGCAGGCUUCUCCGAAACUCUAGAGGCACAGCUCCAGAAGAUACUACAGACGACCGCAGGAGCCUUAAGUGAAAUCGAUAUUUCUGGUCGCAAGAAGGAUGACAUCGAUGCAUCUCUUCCCGUUGACGCUUGGCUCGAAACGCACCCGGAAAGGCGAUCUGUUGUUGUCAUUGACAACUUUCUUCACAAGAAUGGGGAAGGGAACACCAUCGUCUACGACAAAAUUGCCGAGUGGGCCGCAACCCUGGUUCAAUCAAACGUUGCGCACGUCAUUUUCCUCACAAACGACACCUCCUACUCGAAGUCAUUGUCUAAAUCACUACCCGAUCGAGUAUUCCGUCAAGUCUCUCUGGGCGAUUUGUCACCUGACGUGGCGAAGCGUUUUGUGAUCAGCCAUUUGCAAGGUGAUGAUGAGCCGCUACAAGACAUCGAGAACGAGGAUGGUGAGGACAAACCCACUCCAAAGCCGAGGAAGCACAACCUCAAAGGACUGGAUCAGUGCAUUGGAACUCUUGGUGGCCGACUAACUGACCUUGAAUUCCUUGCACGACGUCUGAAGGCCGGCCAAACGCCAAAGGAGGCCGUCGACGAGAUCACUGAACAAUCUGCUUCUGAGUUGUUGAAAAUGUUCUUGCUUGGAGGGAAGGCAGCAGCUGAUGGUACCGGGAAGGUGUGGUCAGUCGAGCAGGCUUGGUACUUGGUAAAGGCACUUGCUUCGAGCGAGAGUCAGUCCCUUCGAUACAACGAAGUCCUGCGAUCUGAUACGUUCGCAUCAUCUACAACUGUUUCGGAUGGUGAAGGGGCACUCGAGGGGCUAGCAAACGCGGAGCUGAUCACAGUCAAGAGUCACAAUGGCCGACCACAAAAGAUCGCGCCAGGCAAGCCCGUUUAUCAAGCAGCAUUCAGACAACUUACAGAAGACAAGGUGCUUGCCGCUUCCAUGGACCUCAACGUUCUUACCGAAUUGAGCAAGGUUGAAGGCAAGACUAUUGAGAAGUGUGAGAACGAACUUGCACUACUUGGCAGCCUACCUAGACAACCAGCUCAGACAGCGGGUAGAAUCAACUAUCUGUUGACGAAGCUUGAGAAUAGCCAUAAGAAGGUGGAAGGUUAUGAGAAGGAUAUGGCACCUUUGAAGAAAGUCCUGAAUACUGAUUAUUGAUCAAGAUUAUCAGUGGUUGUACAUAUAGUUGGAGAUAUAAUAGAUUGGAGCAUGUAUCGUCGUGGCACGAAUCGCCGUAUAUGUGGGCAUAGAACCCUUCUCAAUUCCGAUCACGUUAACGUUUUGA